CAUCGGGAAGCGCGGCCGCAACACCACGAGACGACAAGUCCCGCCCACCUCAUCGACAUCAGUUUGUGAGCGCGCCGAGCCUAUCGACCGACGAUAUUUGAGCGGCGGAUUUGAUUCGCUGCUCUACUUUCCGCCCUUCCUACAGUUCUCUGACGCGCUGGUCGCAAAACACACCGGGCUGCAACGCCCUGCGGACUUUCCAUAACCUCACAUCAAAAUGGAUCACACGCGCGACCCCUGCCCGUGGGUCAUCCUCAAUGACUUCGGCGGUGCGUUUUGCAUGGGCGCUGUCGGCGGAACGAUCUGGCACGGUGUCAAGGGUUUCAGAAACAGCCCAUAUGGCGAACGGCGGCUAGGCGCCAUCACGGCCAUCAAGAUGCGGGCGCCGGUACUGGGAGGCAAUUUCGGCGUCUGGGGCGGCAUGUUCAGCACAUUCGACUGCGCCGUCAAGGGCAUAAGGAAAAAGGAGGACGCCUACAACGCGAUUAUUGCUGGCUUUUUCACCGGCGGCUGUCUCGCUAUUCGAGGCGGCUACAAGGCAGCCAGAAACGGUGCCAUCAGCUGCGCCAUCCUACUUGCUGUCAUCGAGGGCGUUGGCAUCGGGUUCCAGAAGAUGUUCGCAGGGCAGACAAAGCUGGAAGUCAGUGUGCCGCAAACGGUGUGAGGGAAUCAAUGCUGACCC